AUGGGCGCCUGCCGAAACUUCUUCCUCUACGACAGGAACCAGCUGCCACUAACCGCAAGCCUUCAAGCAUCACUUCCAGGGCCCGAGGAUCCUCCUGGACCCUCUUUGCUGCAGAUGAGCUCUUCCAUGCACGUGGCUGCCCUUCCCUGCCUGAGUCUGAUGCUGCUUCUCUGCAGCCCGGGGCCAUGGGUCCAGGGCCAAGAAUUCCAGUUUGGGCCCUGCCGAGUAGAAGGCGUAGUUCUCCAGAAACUGUGGCAGGCCUUCUGGGCCGUGAAGGACAUUGUGCAAGCUCAGGAUAACAUCACGAGUGUCCAGCUGCUGCGGAAAGAGGUUCUGCAGAACGUCCCGGAGACUGAGAGCUGCCACCUCAUCCACGCCCUGCUGAGGUUCUACGUGAACACUGUCUUCAAAAGCUACCGUGACAAGGCAGUUGAAUUUGGGAUCCUGAAGUCAUUCUCUACUCUGGCCAACAACUUCUUUGUCAUCGUGUCAAAACUGCAAGCCAGUCAGGAAAAGAUGUUUUCCACCCGCAAGACUGCACGCAGGCGAUUUUUGCUGUUCCACCGAGCAUUUAAACAGUUGGACAGAGAAGCAGCUGUGACCAAAGCCUUUGGAGAAAUGGACAUUCUCUUGAGCUGGAUGGAGAAAUUCUACCAGCUCUGAAGGCUGAGACCAGGAUACC